GCCCGCUGGCGGCGACCGGGGGCCUGCGGAGCCAUGGCCGCGCCCCAGCAGGAGCAGACGGGCGCGGGGCUGCGCGGGGCGCUGGAGGAUCGCCUGCGCGGCCUGGGCAUCCAGCCGCUCUGCGUGGAGCACCCCGAAGUGUUCACAGUUGAAGAAAUGAUGCCUUAUGUACAGCAUUUGAAGGGAGCACACAGCAAAAACCUUUUCCUUAAAGAUAAGAAGAAAAAAGGUUUCUGGUUGGUGACAGUUCUGCAUGACAGACAGGUCAACUUAAAUGAUUUGGCGAAGAAACUGGGUGUUGGAAGUGGUAAUCUACGUUUUGCUGAUGAAGCAACCAUGUUGGACAAGCUAAAAGUUGCCCAGGGUUGUGCAACCCCCUUAGCUCUUUUCUGUGAUCAGGGAGAUGUAAAGUUUGUGUUGGAUGCUGGCUUUGUGGAAGGUGGUCAUGAGAAGCUGUAUUUUCACCCAAUGACAAAUGCAGCAACCAUGGGAUUGCAUCCAGAUGACUUCUUAAAAUUUCUGAGAUCCACAGGCCAUGAACCUAUAAUUGUACAUUUUGAUGAAAAUGACAAGUAGGUUAACAGCAUCAUUUUCAUAUGCAAGCCUUGGCAGUUGUGUUAAAAAUCCAAAAAAAAAUUCAGUGCUUUGUAUCCAAUAAAGAUAACUAUUACUUGUCUAGUA